AUGGCAGUAGUACCAUCCCUAAGGCUAAUAAGGACCCAUUCAGCAUGUUCCUGCCUAUCAUACACAAGAAUCUUCGUCAUGUCAGUUCCUCAAAAACACCGACAUUAUUCCUCUGGUCCCACAGUAAUAACUCCAAAAGACGAAGCACAUAAGUUCAUGAGAAACUGCCUUUUGGCUGUGGGUGCGACACCCGAAAAUGCUGAAAUCGUGGCAGAUAAUUUAAUCGAAGCUGACUACCGAGGACAUUACAGUCAUGGCAUGAACAGACUGGAAAUGUAUGUACGUGAUAUCGAACAUAAGCUUACAGACCCAAAAGUGCUUCCGUGUACAAUACAAGAAAACGCAGCAACGGCUCAUGUGGACGGUAUGAAUGGUUUAGGGGCUGUAAUUGGAAAACACUGUAUGAAUAUAGCAAUACAGAAAGCAAAACAGGCUGGAAUUGGAUUUGUAGCUGCCAAAAGGUCGAAUCAUUAUGGUAUAUCUGGAAUAUACGCUCUUCAGGCUAUAAAAGAAGGCGUUUUGGGGUUUAGUGUUACAAAUACUUCGCCCUUGAUGGCCCCUACUAGAGCCAAAAAGGCAUGUUUAGGGACAAAUCCAAUAGCACUGGGUGCUCCUGGAAAAGACGGAGACUGUUUCGUAUUGGAUAUGGCCACAACAGCUGUAGCUUUAGGAAAAGUAGAAUUAGCCAUAAGAAAAGGUGAAAAAAUUCCAGAAGGAUGGGCGUUGAACGACCAAGGACUUCCUGAAACCGAUCCAAAAGUCGCCUUUAAAGCUGCUAAACUUACGCCACUAGGUGGCUCCGAAAUGCAUUCAGGCUACAAGGGGUACGGAUUGGGUAUGUUCGUGGAAAUACUUUCUGGAAUUUUGGCUGGAGCUGACUAUGGUAAUUAUAUAAGAAAAUGGGGCAGUUUAGAUAAAUUUGCCAAUUUGGGUCAAGCAUUUAUGGCGAUAAAUCAUAAAGUAUUCGCGCCUGAUUUCGAAGAUAGAAUGCAAGAUUUGAUGAAGAUGUUACGCGAAUUGGAACCGGCUGAUUGCAAUAAACCAGUUUUAAUCCAAGGUGAUAAGGAAAGAAUGCAUAUGGAAAAAGUUCAUCAAGAAGGUGGUCUACGGUACGUGGAACACCAGCAUAACACACUCAAUAAAUUGUCCAAAGAAUUGAAAAUAGCACCAAUGGUUUCGAAAACUGUUGCAAUUGCUUAG